AUGUUUACCGACAGCGGUAUUCUGUUAUAGAUUUUUACUUUCUACGCGGAUAAAUAUACAUUGUAUAUAGGACAUCAUUAGGCAAUACCGAGGUCAAUAUUUAGGAUACUAGGGAAACCCAUAUGAUAAGACUUUAUUUUGUAGGACAGGAGAUAAAAUACCUAUAAAGUUGGAGAGAUCUGUAAAAGUUGUGUGAUUUUUAUUCAAAAUAAUUUUAAAAGCGAACUUUUAACUAAAGGAAAUAUCGUUAAAAUGUUUGAAACAAGAUUUGUUCGCAGACAAAGUUUCUUCCAGACAUGCAUUGUCUGUUUGCUUUUCACAAUACCAGUAUAUGGAAGAGCUGUCAGUGUAUCUACCAAAGUCGGUAAAAUUUCCGGAUACACUGAAAAUUUACAAGCUGACGGACAAGCAAAGACAAUUUCAAAGUUUAUGGGAAUUCCAUUCGCAGAGACCACAGCUGGGCAGAACCGUUUCCUGAAGCCGAUCCCAAAGGCGCCGUUCAACAGUACCUUUGAUGCUACAGGUGGUCCAAUAGCAUGCAUACAAAGCUCCAAGGAGGCAGCACAGAGAAUAUCAAAGAUUACAAAUUUCUCUGAAGAUUGCUUGAAUUUGAACGUGUACGUACCACAUGAUUUUACAACUAAUGUGAGCCUUCCGGUGAUGAUAUGGAUAUACGGAGGAGGGUUUAACGACGGGGCUUCGGCACUUUACCGAGCGGACGUGUUAACUGCAUUUACAAAUGUAAUAGUCGUCACAAUUAACUACAGGCUUGGGAUGUUUGGCUUUCUUCAAAGUGAUGAUGGUAAACUUCCUGGAAACCAAGGCCUUUGGGAUCAACACCUGGCAAUCAAAUGGGUCCAUGAUAACAUUGCACCAUUUACAGGAAAUCCAGGCCAGGUGACCAUUUUCGGUGAAUCCGCAGGCGGGGCAUCUGUCUUGUUCCAGGCUCUCUAUCCAGGAAAUAAAGGAUAUUUCCAGAGGGUUAUAGCAGAAAGUGGCUCUCCACUCGCAAACUGGGCAACAAUUCAAGGACCAAACGCAAAGUCGUUCGCGAAAAGAGUGGGGUGUGACAGUAGUUCAGACUGGAUUGCAUGUCUUAGAUCAAAAUCAACAUCCCAGCUCCAAAUACCAAGAAUAGCGACUGAUCCACUGCAUUUUUAUCCAGCAGUUGAUGGCGAUUUUGUUGCCGAGAUACCAGAAGAUAUUCUUUACGGAAAUAGUUCAAAAUCAUCAGCAGCAAGACAGUUUUAUUCCUCACUUGAUAUUCUCUCAGGUGUAAAUAAUUACGAUGGCGCGUUAUAUAUGUCAUCAGUAUGGCCAUUUCUUCUGGGAUACACAAAUAUAGACAGCCCAAAGAUCACACGUGACCAGCUAGACAAUAUAGUCAUACUGGAUACAGUGAACAGUAUUUUAUCACCAAAGGACAACCGUACAAGAGAUAUUCUUCAAAAAGUUGUAAUUUUUGAAUACACAAAUUGGACGGAUCCUGAUUCGUUCGAGUCAACAAGAACCAGUACAGUGAGCCUAUCGAGUGAUGUUGGUUUCUUUUCGCCAGCUAUACGUGCAGCACAGGCUCAUGCUAUGGCGCAGAAUGGGAAGACAUAUUUCUAUGAGUUUAGUGUUCCGGUUAAGAACCAUGUCUUGAAAACACCUACCUGGAUUACAGGUUCUAACCAUGCAGACGAAAUAAGAUAUGUUUUGUGUGAACCAUUACUUGGUAGCAACGCAAGCACUUUCACCGAGGACGAUAAACGGGUGUCUCGAGCGGUUGCCACGUUGUGGACAAAUUUCGCAAAAUCUGGGAAUCCAAACACACCGGAAGACGCUACAAAGUACAUUCAUACAACGUGGCCAGAAUACACGAUGACGUCACAGAACUACUUCCAAAUAUCUUACCAAAUGUCGCUGUUCUCCGUCAAAGACUAUUUUUAUGCAAAGAGAAUGUCUUUAUGGUCAGAAUUAAUUCCAAAGAUAAGAAAAGUUGCCGAUAUUAACGACAAUGUGCAUAUACCUCAGUUUGAUUUAUCCGGAAUUAUCUUUGGUAAAUGAAUGACAAACCUGACACGUUAUAAUUAUUACAGUUUUAUUCAUUCAGUAUGAACAAAAUUUAACACACUCCGAUACUUUAUUUACAAUGGAGGAAGGCAAGAGUAAUUGGGGCUAGAAAAGAGGAACAAUGUCAACGCAAUGAAUAUCAAAUAUUAUAGAUUUGAAGUUA